AUGAAUCGAAGAAUCAAGGCAAUUUCUUCUCUUUUUGCAUCUGCAAGUAUCCGGGCAUCUCAUUCUGCAGCCAGAGUAACUGCUCUGCGCUUGUCCAUCUGGGGGGCGCCAUCUGGAUGUAAGAGCCAAACAGGGAGCCGCAAAGUUUUUUUCCUCAAUGAAUCUGGUCAUAUUUACAACCAAGCAAUACCAAUCACAGCUCCGACGUCAGAUGCCCCCACAACCAACCCGUACAAAUGCUCCGCCACCCGUGUUUCACGAUGGAGCAACUCAUCGAGGCCAUAUGUAUGGUACAGAACGGUCAUGUUCCCCCAUCAUCACCGAAACCAUAUGGAUGGCCUUACUGACCUGAAGAUGAGGUGUGCUCAGUCCAUACACAAACAGGUACUCCCAGAAGACCGCUCCCCGGCAAAAGAGGAGGACACUUCCUCAGAAGUCUCUAUUGACGAUAUUUGUAUUGGCCCCGCGGCUGCUGCUGCUGACAACAGUCUUGAUAGUUCCUCUUCCGAAAAUGGGGGAGAGUCCAGUAUGAGCGGUACUGAAACACUCGCUGACCUCGACCCUGCUCUUGAAUUUAACUGCAAUAAGACUACAGAGCAGGCAAAGUCUCGAACUCAUUGGCGGGUGCGAAGUUGUCAUUUUAAUGAUGAUGUUGUUGCAUUGUUUCGCACCUUAGACCAACUGAGCACUGAACUUGGGUACAAGUCUGGUGUUCCUGAGGCACGCAUUAUGCAAUCUCGUGUUAUCGCAGUGCUCCGGAGAGUGCGUGCUACCAAGUUACAUGAUGCCGUGCAACAACUUGAAUGUACAUCUGGGACUGGAUAUCACCUCUUGUUGAAGCAGAGCCAGGAACUGGUGGACUUGAUGGAGAGACGGCUUGCAAUAGAGAAGGAAGUCAUAUCAAUAAUAGACGAAGGAGGUGUUGAAGCUUAUGAUGAGGCAAUGUUCGCCAACUUACUCAUUUGGCAGACUGUGGUUGAUAUAUCAGACAAGUCUUAA